CAGCCACCAUUGAUUUAUGGCCUUCAAUGGACCAACCCUUGUUUUGCGGGUCAACCGGCCUCGUUUUGAUGGUCAUCUUGGAAGGCUAGGGACCCCCACGGAUCCCACAUGCGUGACCCACCUGAGGCCCCAAAACAGCACACCAGCGUUUCGGGCCAACAUGUAGCGUUUCGAGCACGGCUAUCGACCCAGAGCCCAAGGAGCAUGAAACUGGAGUUGUGGAAACUCUUCCGCGAAGAUGUCCGGGACCUCUUUGAGCUGACGACCUCCAACAUGAACACUUACAUGGUGGUGGGAGCCUUGCUGGUGACCUGCAUCAUUGGUUUCAUCUUCGUGGGCUAUCAGGAGUUUCCAAUGGAGCCGCCGUGGCUGCUGCUGAUUUGGAACAACAGCGUGUUCAGUGCGAUCACCUUUGGCAUCUUGAGCGUUUGGUUGGCCACGCACGGUUCCAGCAGUUCCAACUCGGCGGCGAUCAAGAUUCUCACGCAGGCGGUGCGACCUCCGGUGCCCGGCUUGAGCGAGGUUCGUGCAGCCAUGCGACUGCAGGAGCAGUACGAGAAAAGCGGGGUGAAGAACUUCUUCAUGCCUCCGGCCUUCGUUCCGGGUGCCACCCUCGGAGGGCUGCAGGAGAUGGAGGGUCCCCAUGCUCGGGCACGCGACCCAGCGCUACCCGAAGCGCCACUGGCCAAGAGGGUGUCGGACCGCGAGAAGGAGACGCAAAGCAAAAGGAAGUUCACGGAGAAGUCGCAGAUGACGGAUGUCCACAAGGAGGAGGCGGAGGCGACCACCUGGCUGGAGGAGGGCGCCCAUGCCACAGAUGACAUCAGUCAACUCCUGGCCACGGUUGAUGGAGGCCCAGGGAAGAGCGCGGCGCAGUACUCCCACUUCUGGAUGCUUCGAAAGGUGCAGCGCGGCUACGCCUGCUUCGACGCCUACGCGCGCAUUAGCUUGACCGUGUCGGCACAGCAGCUGCUGCUGGUGGGGGCAUACUAUGCCAUUGCCUUAUUCAUGACCAAAACAGAAGGAUGGCCAGAGCCUUCGCAGAACGCGGCAACUGGAUGGCUUUCCAGCGCUACGGCUGCCUUUGCUGGCUGCAUUUUGUACAAGCUGGACCUCUUCGUGGUGAAGCGGCAACGGAGGAUGGUCGACACCGCCAUCUUUCUGGGGCCUUUGGUGUUGACUCUCGCCGUGCAUCUCGCCGUGCUUCGAGACAACAAUGGACGAGUGGGCUUGCGCGCCUGCGAUCAAUUCAUCCCUUCCUGGGCACCCUGGUCCUUGGCGCUGGUGGCCUGUGCAUUGCAUAUGGCUUGGAUUAUCAUCAUCUUGAAGGUCUCCUGCCCCUUGAAAUCCAGAGCUGGCUUGCCCAUGUCUUAUCGUUCCUCCAUUUACCUCGACGUCUUUGGAUGGCACAGCAAGCGCUUCCGCCGAACCGCUGCCAAUGCCACCAUGCCAAAGGUGACCGUCCAAGCGCUGCCCUUCAUGAGCAAGGAUCGGUGUGCAGCGGCUGCCUUCAAGGAAGCGAAGCAGAUCUCCAAGGUGUUGAAGAAGUUCGGAGGUCCUGAGAUCGUGGAACACUUGAGUGCGGCGGAAGCGGAGGAUUUGCACCGCAUGCAGGUGAUUCUGGAAGAAGACGUCAAAGAGCUGGAAGAUCAUUUGAACCUGCCAGAGUAUGAGCCAGAUGAUACACAGAUGGCCGACGAUGGGAGCUGGUUGCAAUGCUGCUGUGAAGAUGGCCAAGGUCAUGCGGCGCUCUAUUGGGUGGAUGCUCACUCAGGACAGGUGCAGUUGACUCAGCCCAAUCGAGGGGAGAUCAUCGACCUCUCUCGCAUGAGCGCGAUCAUCCGGGAGCUCCAGAGCCGCAUCGAUGCUUCGCCGCGCAACGCGGCGCAGGAGGCGGUCGCCGCAGAGGCGCGGCCCUUCGAGCUCAUGCCCGAAGCGCCUGACAUGGACGAGACCAGCAAGAAUCUUCCCUGGAAGUGUAUCCAAAGAAGUUGCUGGAUGCAAAUUCUCCUUUGGUGCUUCACCAUGGUCGUGAUCUUGGUGGACAGUGACUAUCAUGCCUCCCGCUUGGCACCCGCAGACUCUUAUGACAGGAGCUUGGUGAAGUUGGUCAGUGUCAGCCAAUGGCCUCACAGGGCGUUCCGGCCCUCUGCCUUGUCCUGCAAUCCCUAUGCCAAGAAGCUGUUGCUGAGUGAUCAAUUUGAGAUCUAUUCAGCCGAAUUGAACUUGGAGGGCAGCAUUGAAGCCUUGGGCUAUCAACAAUCCUUGCUUUUGAGGAACUUGACUUUACAGCCAGCGAUCCCCACUGCAGAGCUUCGCAGCACCUGGAAAAGCAUUGGCUAUUUGCACAACCGAGGAAUCCUCCUCUUGUUGGACCGGAACGGCCGCGCCAUUGUGGAACACCACGUGCACCGUGGAAGUGGCUAUUCCGCGAAGCCGUGGACCCUGAGCGAGAGCUUGCCACAGAAACUGGAGGUGAUCGAGCCAAUUGAAGGACGAGGGAGUCAAAUGUGCAGCACAAAAGGCUCUGGCCUGGUGAAUAUGGGUUGGGCCAUUUACGCCUCCACGGAUUCCGGACAGGUGGUGAUUCUGUGCCCGUCGGCUCAGCGCGUGCUGCAGCCUUUGCACAUGAUCGUCUCCCUCCGCAGAAAGCAAGCCUCCAUGUCAAUCAUGAAGUUGGUGGACUCUCACACGGGAGCAGUGAAGCUGCAAAGAGAAAAGAUCAUUGGGGUGCAACGAGACAUCUACGAAGGCGUCUUGUGGCUCAUGGUCUCGACCACCGAGGGCUCCACCGAGAUCCGUGCGUGGGACGUCGCCGUGGGGCAGGUGGGACGUUGGUUUUUGCCCACUGGCAGACGCUGGGCACAAGGCCUUUGCCUGUUGGGCCCCAACCAGGGCCUCAUCAUGGCGGCGAGCGCCGAUGAUUCCUCCACCGCCUCGAAUGCGGAGCUCUGGCGGAUCAUCCCCAAGCUGAACCGCCGCAAGGCGUAA